AGUUCGUGGAAUUCCCUCUCAGACCGGGAAAAUGUCAAACCUCCAAUGGUUCCUGGCGCUCGGCGUCCUUUCUUGUGCGGUUCUCAAUCCUCAAGGCGGCGGCGGCGCGUUGGCCGUAUUUUGGCCAUGUGAAAGCGCGGAGGACUGCACAGCUGACGGUUCGAGCUGCGACUUGGCCAGCGGGCAGUGCGAGUGCUCCACAUUCGACUCGGUGCUCGCGGAUAACUUCACCCAAUGCCUGGCGACGUCCCUCAUUGGUGAAACGUGCGACGACAGCGUCCAGUGCAAUCUUAUGCCAACGGGGGCCAGUUGUAAAGCCGGGGUCUGCGAUUGCGCCGAUGGCCAGAACUAUCUGCGUGGCAAGUGUCGCCCACUGAACGGACUCGGCGAGUCCUGCGAAACGGACUUGGACUGCUAUUUUGGCUACGAUCGUGCGUCUGUGAGUUGUCAGCAAAACGUGUGCGGCUGUGCAAAUGGCUAUUAUAAUAGAUAUGGAAACAUCUGCCGUCGAAAAUCAAUGGAAGAAAACGAUGCCUGCGUCGUUAACGAGGACUGUGAUGCACUGGACGCCGCUGCCGAGUGCGUGGGGCUAGUAUGCACCUAUGUGGACGAGAUCACAACGACUCCCGGGCCCGGGACGGAGGACACGGAGACCACCAAUCCGGAGGAUGAUUCAACAACGGCGGAGGCGAUCACCGAGACCGUCGAGCCGGACCAGGAGCCGACCUUCAGGAGCCACCGGCAGCUAACCAAGGCCUUUGUACACGCCCCCCCGCCCACUCACAGCGAUGCCGCCGCCCAGGUGUCCUUCGCCCAGCUCACCAAUGGCGACAUCGAGCCACUCAUCUCCCCGCGAUCCCACGAGAUCGCCGUCCAGACGAGCAUCGAGAAGUACGAGCUGAGGGAGGUGGGCCGCAGUGUCCGGAAUGCGGCCACCGCCACCACAGCCACCGCCUCCACGAGCACCAGUAGCCGGCGCACCUCCAGCCGCAACCAGAGCCGCGCCCUCAACCAACGCCGCCGAUUGCCCACCCUCUUCCGCUUUGAUGACGAGGACAUCAAGACCUACUCCACGUUGGGAUCUAGCCGCGACGAAGACGACGCCGAUGAGAAGAAAUAUGGCAGCAGCUGUACGGAUAAUGGAAAGACAUGUUCGGGUCUGCCGCACUCGAUUUGCACAAAAAAUAUUUGCCUUUGUCGCCAGGGCUAUUAUGCCCGCAAUGGAAAAUGUUUUGCAGAACUGGGAGAAAUCGCAGAGAGCACGGACGAGUGCGAGUAUGAGUUCGACGAUCUGUCGAAAACUUGCGUAUGCCAAAAGAACUAUUUUUACGAGAGGGACUUGCGGAAUUGCAGGAAACCCAUCCAAUAUCACCUAUCCUGCACAUCGAACAGCCAAUGCAGCCCGUUCGGCGCCUCUUAUUGCCAUCCGGAGAUCCCCAGGCGGUGCACCUGCGAGGAGUACGCCCUGUACGAUGCCAUCAAGCAGCUCUGCGAGUACAGACAGGGUCUGGGCGCCGAGUGCGAGUCGAAUGAUGGCUGUCCCGUGGACCACACCGUCUGCACCAAUCGCCGGUGCGUCUGUGCGGACAACUACUUUGAGAAGGACGAAGUCUGUGUGCGGGGCAUCGGAGCCGACUGCUCGGUGGAGGAUGACUGCAUAGCCGAGGACACCAGCUGCCAGGAGAAGGACGAUGAGGAGCAGUCACGCACCUGCCAGUGCCGAAAGGGAUAUGUGCACUUCAAGGAUCAGUGCCUCAAGGAAGCUGAGGAGCUGGAGGACGAGUGCGUGGAGGACGAGCAGUGCAAACCUCUCCUGGCCAGUUGCAAUUCGGAGGGCAAGUGUGGUUGCACCGAUGAGCAGCACGAGAAGAACGGAGUCUGCGAGACAAAGCGCGAGCUUGGAGAAUCCUGCACGAAAGCCACCGAGUGCUAUAUAGAGAAGGAUCCCGAGAAUGUCGAGUGCCGCAACUCCGUGUGUCAAUGCAAAUUCGGCUAUUCGGCGAACUCCGAGCAAAAGCAGUGCAUACGCGUGAUGCCCAAUAAGAAAAAUUCUUCCGGAAGACCCAGUGCUCUCAAAAUCAUCACCUUCAUGCUGAUUGGCUCCGCUUUCCUGAUCACCAGUGCGGCCAUCAAGCAGGCCUACUACUAAGAGCAAUCGUAACCCCUUUACAAUCGUUGUGAGGAAUGGCGAGGAUAAUCGUUCGAGGGACAGCGGGCGACGGCCAAGGAUCCCGGGGGGGAAAAGGGGGAUCUUGGGCGGACUGGAGUGGCCAGUAUUAGCCAAGUUAGCGGCAUGGAUCCGAGUCCAUGCGCCACGUGAAUAUAAAUCAAGUAGUCCGUAAGCUGAUAUUUAGGAGUCGAAGCAAUAUUUGGAGAAGGUCCCCGCAGGGACACUCGCUUAUCUAAUACGGCUAACGAUAACGACAAAUUAUCUCUAAGUUUGAAGUUAAACUGCUUGUUGAUAGGCUAAGCAAACAGUUUUUAACCAAAUUGUAAUAUACAUCAUAAUAAACUAAGGCCAACGAAGAGUUGUAUCAAAUCCUGAAAA